CUUCAGACCAAUGUCACUUGUCAGUGUACUGUCAUCUUUUGUGUCAAAAUUUACAAGUUUCAUAAUGAAUAAAGCGUUUCAAUAUUUCAACAAAAUCUAUGAGAAAAAUGUUAAUUGUUUGCAAAAUAUCUUUCCAAAACCACUCCAACAUCAAGCUAGUACGAAUCGGAAUGUGAGAUCCUAUUCCUCAAAUUCUAGUCACAUGAAAGUCACAGUAAUUGGAGCUGCAGGAAAAAUAGGCCAACCAUUAUGUCUCAUGUUGAAACAAUCGCCUCUCAUCGACGAACUUUCGGUUCAUGACAUAACCCCAACUAACGGUUUCGCCUUGGAACUGAACCACAUUGACACCAACUGCAAAGUCACCUCUUUCACAGGAAAAGACAAUUUAUAUAGUGCGCUAAAGAAUUCGAGAGUGGUUGUGGUUUUGGCAGCUGCUCACGAGUCAGAUUUGAUGACUUAUGAGAAAAUGUGGGGUCCUAAUGCUCAGAUUGUACAAGAAAUUGUUACGCAGGUUGCUAAGAACUGUCCAAAAGCUCUUUUGGCAAUAGGCACCAAUCCCAUCAAUAGUCUGGUGCCCAUGGCUAGUGAGGUCCUGAAGAAAGCCGGUACUUACAAUUCGAACACCGUUUUUGGCAUUACAGCCUUGGAUUCGGUCAGAGCGAACACUUUCGUAGCUCAAGUGCAAGGUUUGGAACCGGAGUGCGUUGUGGUGCCAGUUAUCGGAGGACACACCGAGGAGACUAUAAUUCCCGUUUUGUCAAAAGCCAAACCUUGCGCAGAAUUCACAAAUGAAGAACUCGAAAAUAUCACCAUGAACAUCAGGAAGGCGCAGGAGAACAUGCUGAAACUGAAACCGGCAGAAAGCGCUCCGUUGACCAGCGCGUUCGCCAGCGCUCGCUUCGUCAUAUCCUUGGUCAAGGCGCUCAGAGGCUACCCUGAGAUAGUCGAAAGCGCCUACGUCAGUUCCAAGGCGCAUCCCCAGCUCAAGUACCUCUCCACGCCGCUGCAGCUCGGCCCCAACGGCAUCUUGAGGAACUUCGGCCUGCCCGAGCUCAGCGAGUUCGAAUCCUGCAUGCUGGACAACGCGUUGCCGACACUGAUCGGCGACAUCAAGCGCGGCGAGAAGCACGCCGGCGUGGUCGAUCCGCCGCCCUGCGACCCUUGCGACCCCAACAUCUAUGCCCCGAAGUGUCCGAGGAAUUGGUGCGAGUUCAAGAAGGACCAGGCCGGCAGUGGAUGAUUUUGCGUGAGUGAUGGCAUGAUUAUUUUCGUAAUAUUCGAAACUGUUCCUUACUAAACUCGUGUUUUUGGGAAAAUAA